UAAAAAAAUAGAUUUUGAUCAAUGGUAAUGUCAGAUUUCUACUUGAUGCCCUAUAUUGAUGUUCCUCGGUUCUCUGAUAUAGUUCAGAUCAUUACCAGAUCUAGGGUGCUUGAUAGUCUCUCACAAUCAUUUAAGGGAUUUGGUUUGAAUGGUGCGUCCUGUGUACAGAGAUUAAUUUGUGAAAUAAAUUCAACCCCACUGAAAAUGGGUCUUCUUGGAGACAUUCUCAACACUAUAUUUUUGGGAGAAAUCGAAAAAUCUUACAACACGUUCUAUUCUGCACAGAAGGUUGGGAGAAGUAAGAAGAGCUGUAAAGCAUAUUCAGCUGAAUGCCCAGUCUCCAUCUUUAAUUUUCCAUCAGCAUUCAAAAGUUUUAUACCUUAGUCAGCUGAUUAUCUUCAUAAUUAAUUUCCCUGUAUGUCAUACCGUUAUCAGCUGACUUUUCAUUCUCCAUCUUUAAUUAUUUAAUCAGCUUCUAUCGCUUGAUUCUUCAACCCUUCGCCUGUGGUUACUAUGAAGUUUAUACCAAUUUAAAGAAUUCAGUCGUCGUCGUAUUUAUCAACACAAUGAAGACGACUUUAGAUUUAA